UACCACCUGUCUUAUCUUACACCGUGACCUUGCCAUAUUUUAUUCAUUAUAUUAUAAGUAUUAUAAGGAUGGAUAUGAAGACUUUGGUUGGGAUUUUUUAAUAUCAUCGUAUUUGAUCUUAUUUGGUACUUUAGUAAGCAGCCAAUACACAAGAUUUUUAAAUGGGUGGCAAAUGGUCAAGUAUGGAUCCUUCUGAAAUAAAAAUUCCAGAAUUAAAUAAUUUAUUAGAUAGGGAUCCUAUUUUAAAGCCGUACGAAAAUGAAAUUAAAAAAAGGUACGCCCUUUUUCAGGAUUACAUAGACAAAAUAAAUCAAGGAGACAAUACUUUAGAAGAAUUUUCAAAAUCAUACUUAAAAUUUGGAGUUCACAAAAAUGACGAUAACUCAGUUACAAUAAAAGAAUGGGCUCCAGCUGCUGAACAAGUUUUUAUUACUGGAGAUUUUAAUAAUUGGGAAAGAACAAGUCACCCUCUUAUGAAAAUAGAAUACGGCAAGUGGGAAUUGAAUUUACCGUCCAAUCCGAAUGGAAGCUGUAAGCUUGAACAUUUAUCGGAAGUGAAAAUCAUCAUUGAGACAAAAACAGGACAAUACGUUGAAAGGCUAAGUCCCUGGGCUACCUACGUAACACAGUCAACAGAGGAUACUGUAUACAAACAAAAAAUAUGGAAUCCAAAACUUGAAGACGUAUAUUCUUUUAAAUUUCCAAAACCAAAAAAACCAACAAGCCUCCGUAUAUAUGAAUGUCAUGUAGGUAUUGCGACUCAACAGAUGCGUAUCGGUACUUACACGGAAUUUGCUGAUACCGUUAUACCGCGUAUAGUAAAUCAAGGAUAUAAUGCAAUCCAGCUUAUGGCUAUCAUGGAACAUGCUUAUUAUGCCUCUUUUGGAUACCAAGUGACCUCGUUUUUUGCCAUAUCUUCUCGUUUUGGUACACCAGAAGAAUUGAAAAGAUUAAUAGAUAUUGCCCAUCAGAAUAACCUCUACGUUGUAUUGGAUGUUGUUCAUUCACAUGCCUCAAAAAAUACACUUGAUGGAUUAAAUAUGUUUGAUGGUACAGAUUCGUGUUUCUUUCACCACGGUGACAGAGGUCAACAUCCAUUGUGGGAUAGUCGAUUAUUUAAUUAUGGUAGUUAUGAAGUGUUGAGAUUCUUACUAUCAAAUUUACGUUGGUACAUUGAUGAAUACGGAUUUGACGGUUUCAGUGAACGCAGGGGCAGGAACUACACGGAAUUGAGGCAAGUCGCUUAUGAGCUGCUUCUGUACCGGACUAGCAUACCUGUUGCAUUUGAUGCAUUUGUUAAGGAUGGCUUUGACGACUUGACGGUCACGUACUAUCCAGUAUAUUUGACAAAUGGAGAAAAGCGUAGCUUGAGCAAGAAUAAGAGGAUGCUUAACGUCUUCACAGAUCUGCGCAUUGACAAGCUUGCCACCUACUCUAAGUAUGCUAUCAAUGAAGAUAGACCAGGCUUGAAAGUAGGCUUUGUACUCUCAAGGAAAUUAAAAGACUGGAAGUUUCUCUAUUAA